CUUGAAAAACAAUUUUGGGUCAUACUGUGCUUUCCUUUGUGUUAUAAAAUUAACAAUUUAUAAAUACGCAUUUUCCGUUCUCAUACCGAAUAUCGCAGAGACUUUGGAGUGUAAAACGGAAAACAUACCUUCGGUCGAAUCACUGGGAUAUCGAGGAUAAACACGCAUCUGGCGUGUCUGGUUUUUGUUUUCUUCCACGAAACUGGAGACAACAAUGGACAACGAGUGUGCUUCGGUGGAGAAGGACUUGACCCGAGUGGUGACCAAGCUGGAGCAGCUGCACGAGAAUGCCUCGGCGGACAUCGGGGACAUAGCCACAUUGAUGUCGGAGCUGGUCAAGGUGCUGGGCAAGGCGGAGCAGGCGGUGACCACUCUAAACUCGAGCACACAGGUGAAUGCGACUCCAGCCAGCGUGGACGAUCCUAUGGGCGACGGGGUUAGUAUGCAGGUGGAGACGGAGCCCACUGCCCCGCAGCGCCUUACCGAACGUCAAAUGGAAAUCAUUAGAGAUGCCAUCGUCAAGUGCAAUGAUCGGGUACAAAAGCUGUCUACGGACCACCGCGAUCUACACGGCUCCAUCUCUAAGAUCGGCAAGGCUAUUGACCGCAACUUCAGCUCCGACUUCACCUCCACCAUGCGCGUGGACGUUCUACAGAACGAGGAAAACCUAAUGCUGCUUAACAAGGCUAUCGCCAAGCAUUACUGCCGCCAGGGCAUGGACGAGGUGGCCCGCACCCUUAUCCGUGAGUGCAAAAUGCCGGAGAAUCAUGCACAGGAUGUGUUCGACUCGGAGCGUGAGUUUGCCGCCAUUUAUAGCAUGUGGGUGAAGAUACAGAAGCGUGAUCUUACCGACGCACUCAAAUGGGCCAAGAUCUACUCACAGCAACUGAGCGACCGGCACUCGCUUAUAGAGUUCCGGCUGCACCGCAUGCGUUUCAUGCAACUAGUGUCCUACGGCCUGGACUCCCAGCGCGAGGCUAUCUGCUAUGCCCGGCUUAAUUUUAAGAAGUUUGCGGUGCGUUACGAACACGAGAUAGCCAAUCUGAUGGCCAGCUUUAUAUAUCUGCCGAGUGGGCUGGAGAACUCGCCUUACAAGCACUUCCUUGGCCAAGAGAUGUGGACCGAGCUAUCGUUUAUAUUCCUUAAGGACGCUUGCCAGCUGCUGGGCAUCAGCAAGAACUCGGCCCUGUCCGUCGUGGUGAACGCCGGAUGCACUGCCCUGCCCGCCCUGCUUAACAUCAAGCAGGUGAUGCAGUCGCGCCAGGUGCUGAGCAUGUGGAACGGCUGCGACGAGCUGCCCAUUGAGAUCGAUUUGCAGCCGGAAUUUCGCUUCCACUCAAUCUUUGCCUGCCCCAUCCUGCGCCAGCAGACCUCCGAGGAAAAUCCGCCAAAGAAGUUAACGUGCGGCCAUGUCAUCUCCAACGACGCCCUCCACAAGCUCAGCAAUGGGCACAUACUGAAGUGUCCCUACUGUCCUGUGGAGCAGAAUGCUGAGGAGGCUGUCCGCAUCUACUUUUAAGCAAAAUCCACGUAUUCUUUACCCUAUGAUAAUCACAACUGCUUGUAUAGCCUUUCGGUUCAGUUCGGCUCGGUUCAGGUAGUUUGAGGAUAGGCCGGGGUUGGGUGGGGUUCCAUUGGUUGGUCGGCCGGCUUUCCUUAAGGUUCAUAAUCAUUUAAAUAGCUUGCAUAGAUACGUGUUUUUAGGCAAAUUCGCAGAGCGGAAUCGAACUUCCUGUGCCGUGUUGUUCAUGUGUCCCACAUCCUAACGAACCACUUAGUUUUAAUAAAAAAAAAUAUAUAUACUGUGUAUUUGAAACCAA